CUUAUGAAUACUGACGUUUUUGCAGAUUUACCUCUGAAAUUUGCAGUGUUUAUCCGUGACUGUCGUGACUGCGACUGAAUAUUCGUGAUGAGUUCUCACUUGAAUCUUGAGCUGUUAUGUUUACAUGAUUCUAAAUGUGCGCCGCUGACUUUUGAAAAAGAGUGAGUCGUAGCCCUUUGUAAUAAUGAUGUGAAUGUGGGUUAGACUAAUACUAAUAGUAUAAGUAUAGUAAUAAUAGGGCCUACUAUUACUAUUACUGUAGACUAGACUGUAUACUGUAGAUAGGGUCACUAUAGACAUAGUAGUAGUAGUAGAUUAUAGAAUAGCAAAUUAAAUUUAUUUUAUUUUUAUAGAUAAUAGACCAUGACGUAUAGACUGUAUGACGUAUGAAACCAUGAAUUUAAGAUUAAUAAAUUAAAUGAGUGUUAAUUUAAUGAUUAUUCAACCACCUCACUCAUAAAAUAAACUUAACUUUAAAUUAACUUAGUACUUAGCUUUAUGCUAUUGAUUAGAAUUAGACUGAUUAGUAAUUCAACUAAUUAGUAAUUAGUGUAACUGGUAACUUAUCAGAUCUCAUGACAUGUCACAUGGUAAAUAAAAAUGGAAGGCUGCUAGGAAUGUUUUGAGUAAUAAAAUUUAUGUUUAUGAUACUCCUCAUAUUAUAGUAUAUAGGGCCUACCACCUACAGCCUACUUAUUUAUACUUAUUGAGACAUAGUCCCAUUCAAUCAUAAUCAUUGCUCAUAAUUAUGAGUAUGAGCAUAAUCAUACUACUAAUACUAAUACUAGUUAGUCUAACAGGAGGAAAAAGGCCUAAACAGUUAGUUAUAUUUGAUUUAUAUGGCUAUACUAUAUGGCACAAAUAAAAUUAAGGCUAAAAAUUAAAAGUUUUUCUGUGACUUUAUUUCCUUUGAUAUUUUACUUUUACCUAGCAAAACUUAUGAAUUUUUUUCCACAACUUUUCCCAGCUGCCCAGCUCAUCUGACUUCAGCUCUGCAGCAGGAUUACUAUUUAAGAUUAUAAAAAUAAGCCAUUGAUAAAUUGUACUAACUACGGCAGUAGGCCUAAGUGGCGCCUAAGCCCAAGGGGCCUAUAGUUACAUUAAACAUAUUGAAUAUUUAAAAUAUUGAAAAGUUAUUAUAAAAUUAGGUAAAUUUUGAUUACGAUUGCCACUAUUUUCUCAAUGGCCGCCAUCUUGGUCAACAUGUCACGAGAAGUCAUCUAUCCCUAUGCCUAACCUGAACCCUAAAUUGAUCCCUAUGCCUAACCUGAAACCCUAAAUCGAUCUCUAUGCCUAACCUGAACCCUAAAUCGAUCCCUAAAAAAAUAAUUUAGUAAAAAUAAAGGGAAUUCACUCAUUGGAAAAUAAGUCGUGUCAAUCAUAACUAGGAUUAGCCUAAAAUUAUAUUAAUAUAAAGACAGUUUUGGGAAUGUGAAGGGAGGGGGGGCUUGUAAAUGCUACUGUUUUAAGAAUUAUGAUUGAUGUCAAUAUAGGUACUUUGACACAAAAUUUAAAUAUUGUCUGAUUGCCAUGAAUGAUACAUCAUUUUAAAGGGCUAGUUGUAAGCUUUACAACAACACCAAUUUCAUCUUUCUAUCUUUUAUAGAAGUGGAGUUAUGAUUUUUUUAGUCAAAUUUUUUUGCCCCUUAUAUAAUCUAUAUAUUUUACCCCCAAAACGUGUGACCCAAAUUUCACAUUUCUGCAUAAUUUUGCCCACAACAUUUUUAUUUUUAAAGAUAAUUGCACCAAAUUUUCAGGUGACAUUCCUAAUCUAAUAACCAACACAAUGAACAAUAUAAAUUUUACAUUACAUCAAGACUUUUUAUUUUGGAUAAUUUUAUUCCAGGUAUGUUGAGAAAAUCAUGUGUCAAAAAAUUUGGAAAAAUUAUUAAUUGUAAAGGCAAAAACAAAAGAAAUUACAUGUUGAUUGUAUUUAAACUAAAUUUAUGAUUCAGUUAUAUUGUAAAUAAAUUCUUAUCUUUAUAAAAGGUAAGUAGAAGUCUUUUUUACUACAAAAUUAAAUGCAUGAAAUUAUAAAAACUAUUCAAAUCAACCACCACGACACUAAUAUAUGAGCAUACAGGUAUGUGAUUAAAUUUUAAAAGGGAAUGGGGCUGUUCUGCCUAUUAUUUUCUAUGUAGACUCCUUUAAUGUAAAGUUUACAGACUUCUUGGUCUUGUUGAUGAAUCACAAAAUUUCUCCUUCAUAAACUUUGUCUUGAGACUUCUUCUUCUUAUAUUUGAGGGGCCCACGAUCAAUUUGUUGAUCAUUAUGGCUCCUGGUUUUAAUUCAGAGUUUGCCUUCUCUUAGAUGGGUUGCCGUCCAAGGCUAACGAGUCCCAUCCACCCGGGGUGCUGGGGAUGUUGGCUUUAAUGGGGAUUGAACUCCGGACCACUGGCGCCACUGCUAUUUGGUUUGAGACAGUUUAGACCGCUCGGCCACCCAGCACCCAUCUUAGCCAUCCUCGUCCAUAUAUGCCUUACUGUUGAUGGAAGUGGAAUAAAUUCCACAAAAAUCUUCUCUUCAACUUCAAUCGAAAAUUAAAAAUUUUCCCUUGUACCUGAAAGACGACUAAAAAUAACAUCUAAUCAUAAUCCUCAAUAUUCACAAUUUCUUGUUUCUUUUUAAUAAUAUUCAUUUUAUGUGGUGAUUAAAACUCAUUUCUUUUUUUUUAAUAUUAAAUUUAUUGUAAUUUGAUAUAUUAAAUAAUUGUUUAUGUAAACUGCUUUUCUAUGUCCUAAUUCUAAUUAAAAAAAAUUAUUUCUAUGAUGAUGAUGUAGUAUCAGAAUGCUAUAUUAACUUAACAAUAAUUUAAAAUUCAUAAUUAAAUUUAAAAAUUACUAACUUUAAUUAAAUUAGGCUUGCAACUGCAAAUGUGUUUUAAAUAUUAGUAUUUAUUAGCCUAAAUUUAGAUACUAGGCCUAAAUAGACUUAAUAGGAUUACCGAUAAAAUAGCAGUUAUUGUAUGCCUAAUUUUUGCAAUAUUCUCCCAUAUGAAUAGUAAUUUAUAAGAGAAUAACAAUUAUUAUUAUUAUUACUAUUAUUUAACAAUUAAUUAUUCAUUUAAUAAUGAAGAACGGUGGUAGAACUAGAACGGAUAAAUUUGGUACCCGGUGAACAAAACUAUUUAAAUUUAACUGUAAUUAUGUAAUUUAUAAACUAAAAAGCAAUCCAUAGACCCAAAACUUUUCAAGUUUGGUUAAAAUCUUUCCUUAUUUAUAUUUUUUUAAAAAGUAUUCAUUUAAAACGUAUUAGAAUUAUUCAGAUGAUUAGGGAUUAAACAAAAAAGGAUCACUGCAUAAUUGACAGUAAUAAUAGCAAUAUCCGGUAACUCGAUCGCAUAAAAUUAACUUUCGAUUCAGCGACAUUUUCAUACCCCCACCUACACUUUAGGGGGAGGCAUAACUUUUCAAGGAGAACGCCGAUUUUAAUCAUUUAAAUAUGUUAAUACUCACGAAUGAAUGUAGUUUCUAAAGCGCUAAACAUCUUUCUAAAUCCAUAAAUAACAAAAAAGUAUUAUGUGAUAAACUUACCGAAUGGUUACGAUGUUCCUGUCCGUGACACAAAAAAAAACAAAAAAACCUCGUAUUAUAAAUCAAUAUAUCACCGGAACGCAAAAACUGAUACGUCACUGAUGAGGAAAGCAUUAUUUAAUAAACAAAGGUGACAGUAGUAUGCAAUUUUCCAAAGAUACCGUGUGGCCGUACACCAUAUUGUAGAACAUGUUUUUUCGACAUUUUAGGACAUGCGCAGAACGGUGCGUGAACAAGUAUUGUUAUCCCUAGUCAAUAUCAAUAAGUCUUACUUACACUUACACAUCAUUAUCAUAUCUAUCUAAUUGGUUACUCAUUUGAUAACAUUUAAGAGCCUUAAAUAAAUUUAAAAAGAUUGGGAACCACUGGGAUAAAUAAAAUAUGAUUUUAGUUUAAUUGGGAUCUAAGAAUUGUGUGUUAUCCCACCACCAAUUUUUCAACCCAAAUUUUGUAAAAGAACCUGAACUUUAGACUAGAUGUUGGUGUUAAAUAUACAAUAUUGUCAAGUUCUGUAAUUUAUUGGUUGCAUUAAAAGCUUAAUUACUAGGAAACAACCUGAAAUUGCUUUGGACAUUUGCCCUUGAAAAUAUUAUUUUUUUUCCCCCAAGUGUUUGCAGCUUCAAAUAAAAUCAGCCUCUGCAAAUACUAAUCAUGCAGCAUGCAAAUAUUUGAAGAUCUAUAUUUUAAAGUUAUUCAAUAAACUUGCUUAUAAAAAUGGGUGGUUGAAUGUCUGUGAUAUCUAAAUCGUGUCAAUUUCAAACUAAUGUUAAUGGAUGGAUUUCAAGCUUCAGCAAAACCCAGACAAGUGAAAAAAAACAACAGAAAAAGCAGCAUCUCAGAGUUUUAGCCAACUGACGUAGGAUAGACUGAUAGAAAGAUUAUGUUCAUCAUGAAUAAUGUGUAUAUUAAAAAAUAAAAACAGUUCUCCGCUCCGUACCUGGAUUGGGAAAAUGGUAUUCCAAUGUACUUAAAUUUGUUGGUACAUGGUGGAAAAGGUCUACCUGGUUGAUCCCUAUUAUUUGCUUAACCCAUUUCUAAAAAUAGUUUUUCCUGUUUAAUGAGGUUAAUUUUUAAAAAUUAUGUUUUAUUACUCAUUGGUAUUCUAUACUAUAGGAAUCAAUGCUUUUAUUUAUUAAAUGAUGUAAUCAUUUGCAGAUUUCAACCAGAUAAUGCGGAAAGUAAAUUCACAUGUAGCAUCCCAAAAGGCUCAAAAGUUGACCAGCUGGUCAUUUUCACACAAGGACAUUGGGAAGAUACCACAAAUAUCAGCAUUGAUAUUUUAGUUAACAGUGGAAAAAAUGGUCACAGACUCUGCACUUUGACUAAUUCCCAAAGGUAAUUAAUGUAGAAAUAAAUUUGAAAUAGUUUAAUAAUUACCUCAGGAUCUUAAUAUAUCCCUUAACUUGAAAAGUAUUUCCUGAUUUGGAGGUAGAGGGUUAUAAGACCAAUGUAAGUGACUUAGUUUUGAAGGGAGUUUUAGUUUUUAAACUUUUUUGUUUGAAGGUAAAUAAAUUUAGCUACAAUUUUUUAUCAGGAGCGUUGUUUAUUGUAUUUGUAGUUCGGCAUUUCUAAAAAGUUUCCUCCCUGGCGCCACUUCUUUGUUUUUAAUAUUAAAAAACACAUUUAUUUUCAAUGUCUUCCUGGCCCCAAGAUAUAUGCUGAGAAACACUGUUCUCACUUAUGAAUUGAUUAAUAUAGCAGUCUUAUGGACAUUGUCCAAUUUCAGUAGUCCUGCGGCUAUUUGAAUGAGUAAAUGGGGGUUUAAAAAAACAUUGUGAUUAAACAAUUCACUUAUGUCUGCCAAUGUAAAAUAAAUGCUUGCAUCUAUUCCUUUCAAGAGUCAUAUGUUGCUCUGAAGCCCAGGUUGCUGAGCAAAUCACUGCUUUAGGUUAACCUUAAACAAGGAUAUUUAAGCAGUGAUUGGCGACUUGACUGACAAUGUUAGAAUGUAAACAAGUUUACUUAAGUUAAUUUUUCAAUGGGUUCUGCUUUGAGGAAUCUAAUAGAGCAGAAAACAAAUCACUACAUUUUAUUUCACUUAUUUGAGCUCAUAUGUUAAUAUAUUGGAACAGAUCAUGGUUCAUAGGGAAAAAGAUGUAAGCAGCUAUGCUUUGCAGGCUUGUUUCCUCCUUUAUUUCAAACUAGCCAGGCUAGGCGAUCAGGUUUUGUUUAAUGUUGUAAAUAGCACAAAUGAGGACAAGCUAUGAGGCUCUGUAUGCGUCUGAGGUAAGAGAUAUUGAUGGUGCAACAUUGAAUAGUUAUCUGAUCACCACUAGUUGCAUGUUAAAUUUUUGUUUUAGGCUGGUUUUUUUGCCAUAUGUCAACUGAAGACUUUUUAAAAGUACCCUUUUAUCGAUUCAUUGUGGAUGUCUGUUCUUGCAACAGGUGUUACCAGUGGACAAAGCUGAGUGAUCCUAACUCAUUCAAUCUCAGCUCUAGAAAAAAUAUAACUCUAGAAGCAAGGCUCAUUAAUCCUGAGGUCCCGAGAGAGUGUCCAGAAAGCAAUACAUGCAGUCUUCCAUCUAGUCCUCUGAUGACCAGUACAUUAGAUCGCACAGAUAUUCAAAAAGAAAACGAGACUACACCAGAAGUAUAUAACAGAAUUUUUUAUAAAGAUUUUCUAAUAAAUAGAUGAAUUUCAGUAAAAAUUACAUUUGAGGUGAUUUAAAAAAGGUCUAAAAAGACUAAGUUCCACUUGGAUUUAUAAGAUAAGAUUUUUUAUUAAUCCAAAUAAAUAUCAAAUCCAUUUUAAGCAUAUUAAAUAAAAACAUAGACAGAAUCAGUAAUCAUCCUGAUAAAAAUAAUUUUACUGUAAGAUAUUUUAAAUAAUUUUUAAAACACAAAAAUUUGUCAUCACAUCUCACUCACUUCUAUAAUGAUUUAAACAAUUUUCUGAAAGUCCUGGCGGCACGCUGGCUAAUUUUAACAAAUUAGCCACAAAAGAUUUAUUAUAUUUUUCUGUCAUUACUUACUUUAAGGGAAAGCUAUUCCCCCCGAUGAUGCUGAUCCCAAGUAACUGAUUUAUGGUGUUAACUGAAUCCUCCAAAAUAUUUUUAGCUUUUCAAAUGCAUUUUUAUUUAUAUACUCCAUCAACCAUUGAUAGGUUUAGAGUUCUAUUACUUGCUUUCUUGACCAGACUAUUUAAUUGGUGUUUGCGAUACGAUCAAUUCCCUCGCCAGCAGGGGAUAAUGGUCAGUAGGCUUCCAACUUCCAUGGGACUCUUUUGUUUGUUAAUGCCUAGUAUUACAGGUUACUUACUAUCUGUAGGCUUUUUAUUUUACAACUUUUAUCCUAACAUAUACUUGGAUUGAGCAUUGUUAACAUUUUCAUUUGAUUAAUAUGAACUUGUCUAUAGAUUAUAACUUGAUCAUCAAACCAUUGUGUCAUAAAAAGUACAAGUAAUCAUGGUAAUUGUUUUUUUUUUUUAUUUAGGUAAUGCUUAGUCAAUCAAAAUCACCUUUGCCAACCAAGCAAACAAAAAAAAGAAAGCAUGAUGAAAAUACACCAACACUGAAUUCCAGGAGGCAGAAGGUAGCAAUGAGAGCACUAGCCACAGAGAAGACACCCCCAUCUAAACAGAAGCUGGUCCAGGCGUUUAACAUGGUCAGUUCUGAGUUGGCGAACCAGGGAGCUCAAGCACCAGGUCAUGAGGGCAGGAUAACUAGAUGUGUGGAUUUGUCUGCAAGAGGUUAGGCUUUUUACUAUUUAAAUUUUCUUUUUUUACUGUCUCUAAUUAUUUCUUUUAGUAACAUUCACGACAGCAUUAUUAAAUUAAGCUUUUUGUACAUCCCCAAGACUAAGUAUUUUAUGUCUUGUUUUUUGGAGACCUUUUGUGUUAGAAAUGUACUUCUGGCACAGCUAUGUCUUUUAAAAAAAUUAAUACUCUUAGUUAUAAUUACACCCUAAUGAAGAACUUAAUCCAUUAAAAAAAAUGUCAGCUCCAAAACCCAGUAACAGAUGGGGACACACUAUGACAUUUGUCAACAACAGACAGGCAGUACUAAUUGGUGGUCAAGGAGACAAACAGCUUAGUCGAGAUUCUAUCUGGUUCCUGGACCCAGGUACUUGUUUCCAUUUUCAUUUUUGAAGUUUAUUUUGAAUUAUCUGUAAAAGUUAUCUGAAAUUAUGAUUAGAAAAUAUUGUGGAAAUUGUUUUGAAUGGCAGAAACCAGUUGUAAUUAAAUGAUUGUGCUAUUUGAAAAAUGCAAUGUGAUUUCAUAAAUUCAUUUUAUUUCACAAAAUGCUGACCAGGAAAAUAUUUUGAAUCAGAGACAAAAAUUGAAAAAACCUUGCAGCAAAAUAUGAAUAGCUCAUAUUGUGCCCUAUUUUAAUAUGUAGUAAAGGCCAUCAUUUUUUGUCAUGACACUGUUGCUUCUCAUCAUGGUUUUCUGCUGAGCUUUAAAUAAAUUUGUCCUAAUGUGUGGAAAUAAUUAUAUCUGAAUUAAGUUUUUUUUAUGACACUAAGCUGGUGGAAGAAUCAGUGUUGAGUAUAAGCAUUUUUGCAUGACCUGUAAUCAAUUCCUUCUGUAAAAUCAUGCAUGUAGCAGACCUUAAGAUUUAGGCGUCCAGUGUACGAUUUUGGGGUGUAAACAUUAUAUAUACUUUGUUGAUUUUUUACUAUAAAUAUAAGGUAUUGAACGAUUGUCUGAUGAUAUUGUAAGAUUUAAGAGUUUGAGGGUAAACAGGUCUGAUAUAGUAUAUUAUAUUUUGUUUUUAAAAAAUAUUUAUUUUAAUUUUAUUUUAAACUUUUUAAAUUUAAGGAAUUUUUAAUGGUACCUUGAUUUCAAAUCUCAAAUGUUCUUUCAGAAAUGAGGACCUGGAAAUGUCCUGAAAUAAUUACAGAGGGAGCAAAACCAGAGUACAGAAUUGGUCAUAGUGCCACCUUUGACCCAACAAUGCGAUGCAUAUACAUCUAUGGUGGUUCCAAAAACACAAAGUGGUUUCAUGAUGUGCAUAUGUUUGAUCUCGAUGAAAAGAAAUGGAGCCUGGUCAAAGUUUGUGUUAAAAAAAAUAAUAAUUUAUGUAGAUUUACUUUAUAUUAAGUCUGGUUAAAAAAAGAAGAAACUUUCAUUAUUUUUUUUUUUUUUUUGCAAAUUGGUCAGGAAAUUUACAGUGAAAAUCAGGAUUGGCAUAGAUUUUAAAAAAAAAUAUCAAUAUUAUUUGAAUUUGGUUUGAUUUUUUUUUAAUUAAUUUGGUUUUUUUUAAAUGGAGCCUGGUCAAAGUUUGUGUUAAAAAAAAUAAUAAUUUAUGUAGAUUUACUUUAUAUUAAGUCUGGUUAAAAAAAGAAGAAACUUUCAUUAUUUUUUUUUUUUUUUGCAAAUUGGUCAGGAAAUUUACAGUGAAAAUCAGGAUUGGCAUAGAUUUUAAAAAAAAAUAUCAAUAUGCUUUGAAUUUGGUUUGAUUUUUUUUUAAUUAAUGUGGUUUUUGUUUUCAACUCAUAUAUCCUUUUGUCUUAUUUAAGUUGUUAUGUUACAAUCUCAUAUAUUUAACACCCCACAGGCUAAUGGCAAGGCACCUACCAGAGCCUACCAUAGUGCUACCUUGUAUAGACAUGAACUGUGGAUAUUUGGAGGUGUAUUCCCAAGACCUGAUCCUCAGCCUGACGGCUGUGACAAUGAAAUACACAUUUUCAGCCCAAUCAUGGAGAGCUGGUACAAACCUAUAGUGACUGGAGAUAAACCACAGCCUCGGUCUGGGUAAGUUCAUUGUUCUAUCUUUGCUUAAACUUAAAGAAAUGUGUAUGUUCUAGUACAGUGGAACCUCUCAUAACGUGCAUAAUUCGUUCCAGAAUCUUACUCGUUAAGUGAAACACUCGUUAAAUGAAACAAUUUUUCCCAUAAAAAUCAAUGUAAAAUACGAUAAUGCGUUCCAUGCUGAAAAUUUUUUCCUUUUUAACUAGAAAACUGUCUAAAGACAUUUGUUUUUGCAGACGCUUCAAAAUUUGAAGAAAAUGUAUCACAUCAUUAUCAUUGAAUUAAUUUGUAGCCCGAAUAGCCACCGCCUUAUUAGGGUGAUGCUUCUCAAUGUACCAUGCAACAGUUUCCCAUGCUUUCAGCAUUUCUCUUAUUGCGCGAGAAGAUUGUUGCUCUGCUACUUCCUCCUCCAUUAAUGAGCUCUCCUCCAUAAUUUCUUGCUGUGAAACAUGAUGCAACUCCAUAAGCUCUUCGGCGGUCAACUCUUGACUGUGCUCUUUUAAAAGUUCUUCAAUAUUGUUGUUGUCCACCUCGCGUCCCAUGAUAUUGGCCAAUGACACAAUCUCGUAAACUGUAGACUCCACAGGUACUGUUUCAAAAUCACAUUCAACAACACUCUCGGGCCAAAGUUUUUUCCAAGUAGAAGUGAGGGUCCUCUUGGUAACGCCUUCCCAAGCCUUGUCAAUCAUCUUGAGGCAAGCAACGAUUUGAAAAUUAUCUUUCCAAAACUCUAAGAGUGAGAUUUGUCUCUUCGGUAACUUCAAAACAAUGCUUGAAGAGUGUUUUAAUUUAGAGUUUUUUAAAGUUAGAAAUAGGCUGGAGUAAUGGAGUGGUGUUGGGAGGCAGAAACUGGAUUUUGAUGAAAUUAAAUUCUUCAUGAAUAUCAUCUUGUAGGCCUGGAGGAUGGGCGGGCGCAUUGUCCAUAACAAGCAAGACAGGGAGAGGAAGAUUCAUCUCAAGCAAAUAUUUUUUUACGGAAGGACCAAACACUUCAUUGAUCCAAUCAGUGAAAAUGUCACCCAGGCCUUCUUGUUGGAUCUCUACAUCACAUUUAGUCUGCUCUUCUGGACAUCUUAAAGGCUCAUGGUGUUUCUGAAUGGUAAACAAGCAGCGGCUUAAUUUUCAAAUCGCUGCUUGCAUUGGCACAAAAUAGCAGCGUUAGACGGAUUGGCUUGUGGCCUGGCAAUGCAUUCUCUUCUGCUGUUAUAUAGGUUCGCUUUGGCAUUUUUUUCCAGAAGAGACCCGUCUCGUCACAAUUAAAAACUUGUUGGGGCAGGUAACCCCCAAGAUCUUUGAGCUUCUUGAAGUCACUGAUGAAGUUCUCUGCUGCUUUUGUGUCAGAUCUUGCUGCUUCACCAUGCCUCACAACGCUGUGGAUGCCGGUUCUUCUCUUAAACUUCUCGAUCCAUCCAUGACUUCCCUUGAAUUGUAGUUCUUUUUCGGCAGUAGAUGAUUCUGGUGUUUUCUUAACGAGGUCAGCGAAAAUAAGUUUCACCUUCUCACAAAUAAUGUUUUCGUUAAUAGUGUCGCCUUGUAAUCGCUUCUCGUUUAUCCAUGGUAGAAGCGACCUCUCAACAUCAUCAAGAAUAUGUAACCUUUUCGUGGACAUUCUUGACACUCCCUUUAAAGCAUCCAUCUCCUUAAUUUGGUUUUUGUUCUUGAGAAUAGUGCAGAUCGUUGAUGUUGACAGAUUGUAUGUGCGCGCUAGAUUAGCCACGCUCACACCUUGUUCUCACUUUUCUAUGAUUUUUACGCUUCAUUUUAACAUAUUUUUCUCUCUUAUGAUUGCCUUGUUGUGUUUUUUUUCUUCAAAGACAUUUUUGCUCAGGUUAUUACACUAUGCACAUAAAAAAGUUACGAAUACUGUCUGAAUACAAAAUUUAUAAAAACUGGUGAUCACACAUGAAAACAAUGCGCUAACAUGCAGAGUGCUAAACACAGACUAAUGCAUCGGCGCGGAAGUUCCGGCUCACAAAUGAAUGUCGGGAAAAAGGGACUUUCCCUUUCUGCAUAACUCGUUAUGCGAAAUGUCACUCGUUAUGAGAGGUGCUCGUUAUGAGAGGUUCCACUGUAUAAAUCUGCAAGAGCUGCUGACGCCUUAUGUACCCAUUAGACAACUCCGCUCAUCCGAUAGUAGCAAACUCUCGACACCACGUGUUCGUCUUGAGACUUACGGAAAUCCCACUUUCGCAUUUGCUGGCCCAACAAUUUGGAACGCCCUUCCUGUCGAUAUUAGAAACAACCAGACACUGGAGUUCUUUAAAACCGAUUUAAAGACACAUCUAUUUCGCAAACACCUUCUGGGAUGAUUGUCUACCAUAUUUUCCAGUUAAUGCCUUUUGGCUGUGUUGCUUAGGGUGACUUGGUAUGCUUGGAAUUAGUUUUGUAGUGUUGCGUUUGUUUUAAAUGUGGUACAUUAUAGUUUUCUUUUUUUUUUGACUUUGAUCCGCGCUUCGAGCCUUUGGGGAUGAAGUGUGUUUUUUAAAUAAACUUUAUUAUUAUGAUUAUUAAAUAUUUAUCUUUUGGAUGUUUUUGUCAAUUAUUUUUUUGUGUGUGUCUGUGAUAAACAAUGCUACUAGAAACUUUCGUUUUGUCUGUCUCCCCUUUGUCAUGCUCAACAAGAUUUAAGAAUUUAAGAAUUUUAAAACUAGUUGCAAUAUUGAGUACACACCUAUAAAUCUUUAAUUUUAUAUUUAAAUAUACAUUGCAGUAUGCAGAUGAAAUAUAUUCUUGGAAUAAUAGAAUUUGAAUUGCAGCACAUUAAAAUCUAUUUUAAAAAGUUAACUUGUUAAACUGUUAUUUUUUGUUUACACCGUUACUAAAAUUUUUGUUAAUGUAGUCACUGAUUGAAAAAUUUUGUUUUGAUGAAUCUACUAUGAGAAUUAAAAAUAUAUAUAUUGAUUGCUUCUAGCUAUAUUUUAUUAGAAAAAUAUAUUUAUAUAUCUACAGACACUCUGCAACAUUGCUCAAUGACCAGCUUGUUAUUUUUGGAGGCUGGGAUUUUCCGUACUGCUACAAUGAUCUUUUUAUUUUGGACCUUAGUAAGUAUUUAAAUAGUGUCAUUUUACAAGACUUUACCACCAAUCUCCCUCUUUGUCAAUGCCAUCUACCUACGUGAUUCAUUUAUAUCGUUUAGUUUCAAAUUUCUCUUGCAAAAUUUAAAAUAAGUAUUAAUUACUAUUUGGUCUUGAAAGUUUACCUUUUUAUAUUUAUUUAUUUUUGCAUGUUGGGUGGUUUAUUUUCUGCACAAUUUGCCAUCUUAAUGAUAAAUAUUCAUACCAAAUUUAGAUUUCAAAAGAAAUUUAUGGAUAGCUUUUGAGUUUGUCUUUUUCUUAGCUGAAUUAGUCAAGGUUGUUUUGAAUUAUGAAGAGGUUUAACUUUAAUUUUGCUUAGUCUUAAUUAUUGUCACGGUCAGAUCGCUUCAUGUUGUUCUAGGUCUGGUUGUGAGUGAGUGAGUGUUGUUUUUUUUUCUUAAUUUUGUUCCCCUUUAAUUCCACAAAUUUUGUCAGCCACAUAUGACCGUGGCAGUGUGUUGAAUAAAAACAAAGUGAGGGAAAUAAAGAGUGUGUGAAAUGAUUGUUGUGUUGUAAGUGAUGUAGGGGUGAGCUUUUAUUUGGAUAUACUUAUUUUUUAUAAAUUUUCAACCCAGAUGCAUACCAAGAGAUUAAACACAGGAAUCUAAACGGUUUCACUGCAUUAUGUAAUUGAAUUCUCACAACACAUCAGCUCUUUAGGAGCUGGAAGAAAGGAGUUUUUAACUCUGAAAUUGUUCUGUGGCUAUAACGCAGGGGCCUGACCUUUAGAUGACAUACUAUGUGCCACAAUUAUUACAAUUUAACUUUUAAUAGAGUAAACAAUUACGUUAUAUUGCAAUCCACAUAGCCUGUUCACAUCUAACUAUUAUGUACCAUAUUUUUUAAUAAUGCUGGGAAUGGAUUGUCUUACAGUUAAAAACAUUAUUUAUAUUUAUUUCAGCAACUGUUGACUGGUCUUCACCCAAAGUCACUGGUCAGCCACCCAAGCCAAGAAGGUAAAAGGAUAUGUUAUUUAUCUUUCACAUUGUCAUUGAAAUUUAUUUUAGGUCACUGUAAUAAAUUGUUUUGAAUCUUAUUCAAAAAUACCUAUUUCUUUUACAAAUUGUAUAUAAUUUUGCUGAAUAAUAAAAAAAAAAAAGAUUUUUAACACAAUUGCAAUAUUCAUUGCCUUUGUAACUUAACAUUAAAAAUACCUAUUCUAUUUUAUUUCCAGCUGGCAUGCCUCAUGUGUGUUAACAAAUGACCGCAUCUUCAUCCAUGGGGGGUAUGAUGGUGAUAAUGCUCUCUUUGAUGGGCAUAUUUUUAAUUUAGGUAAAUAAGUUUCAUAACAUUUAUUGUAUGGAUAUUUAUUUAGGUCCGGAGUUUGACCCAUAACUGUAUUAUUGCUGAGGGAGCCAUUUAAAAAAUUUAAAUAUUGAUGUAUUUAGCUCUUUUCUACACUGCAAUCAUGUGCAAAAAUAAAAUGAUAAAAUUAUACGCCUUAAGUGUGGUUGGAAUAGUUUUUAAAUUUAAAAAAGGCAUAACAAAAUAUUUGUAUAUAAAAUGGGGAUUUGACUUCGAAUGUUCUACAAGAUGUUUCAAAAGAAAUUGACGAAAAGGAAAAACAAAAGAAAACCCAAACCAAUUUCAUUGUGACAUCAGUCCAUAAUUUAAUGUCACACUUGAUAAUUUUUGGGAUGUUAAUUACUGGGCACCUUGGGUGAUUGUGGAAACUAUGGGACUAAAAUAUUUAAACAACUGUUGGAAAAUUUUAACAUUAUGAAUAUAACUGGUUGCACAAAAAUAAGCAUUUAAAUAUUAUUUUAACAACCUGCUAUAAAGGUAUUUUUACUAACUGACUUAUAUUAAUAAUAAUAUAAUUAACAAAUGACUAUCAAAGCUCUUUAUUUUAAUACAGUGGUUAAUGAUUUUUCAGAAAAUAAAACCUGGCAACAGCUAGUUCUAGAAAAUGCUCCGUCUGCCAGAGCUGGACAUGGUUGCUUACGUUUACCUUCUAAUUAUGAGAACCAGGAGGAGGAUGAAAUUAUAGUCUUUGGUGGAGGUGACAAUGAUGGAAGCUAUUUCAGUGACAUGCUAUCAUUCUAUGUCCCAUUUAUGCCAAAAAUUGCACAAGUUUCAAUCUAAAUGAGGCCAUCUUAAAGUGUGUAAAAAAAAAUAUGUUUAAAAAGUUAUGUAAAUAUGAUAUGCUUAUUUUUAAAUGUUAUGUUUAGUCUCAGUUGUGGAUGUUUCUGUUGGUAAGAGGUUUCAGUUUGGCAGUUAAAUUCACACUGUAAUAAUAAUUUACGCUGCACAUAAUGUACACUUUAAUUGGUAUGAACACUUGGUACAAGAUGUACAUGUCAUUGGUUAACUCAUAACUAUAUGAAUACACGUCAGACAUAUUAGUUUCCCUUUCAAUCAUAAUUUUUCUAUUAUAAAAUUAAUAUUCUGUAUCUAAAGAGACAAUAAGUUAAUUGAGAUAUUGUUGCCAUUUGAUAUUUUGUUGCCUCUUCAUCAUUAUUAACAUACCCACAAUGGACACUUCUUUGAAUGGCAGCAUUUGUACAAAUAUUACUUUCUUUAUUCAUAUUAUUUAGUAGUUAUUUUAGAUUAAUAAUGUUUGUGCCCUUUAACAGUAUCUUGUUUGUCCUCCAAGACUAUAUAAUGACAUUGCACCUUAGGAUGGUCUUACCUUAAUUUUACUUAGUUCCAUUCCUUCUGGGUGUACUUCAUUUAUAAUACCGGUACUUAAAGACUGAUAGGUAAGAAUAAGUAGUGACAGCACUGGCUUUAACCAUUUUUGGUAAAUUUCAUAUGCUUUUAAAAUCUUUUCUCUUUAUGUACUCUCUUUACAUUGUAAUGUCUUGGUUUGGGGGUGUAGGGGGCACAAAAAUGUUGGGAGACUGAUCUACCAAUCUUGUUAACAUCUAUUGUGCAAUAAGCACUUGCAAUAAUACGUGACCACUUUUGCCCCUAAAAAAAUCCAUUCAUGUCUGGUUUUUAACAUCAGUCAGCUAUUGAUAGAGAGUGCCUACCAACUUAAUGCAUUAUACAGCAUUUAAAAAAAAAAGAUACUUAUAAAAUACCCAAAAAAUACAUUUACUACCAGGUAUUGGUUUAUUAUUUUAUUAUUUUUUACCCCCUAUUUAUUAGAUUAUAAAAAUAAUUUGAUCCGGUUUCCAUUAAACAUCCUUAACCACGUGAUGUUUGUGGAGCAACAGAUAUUGGAGGAUGAAAGUAUGGG